GGUUACACCAGAAACGGACGGCAAACUCUUACACACUUUGCAACACAUUUCACCCCUGAUGACUAUCAGGGACUGGCAGUCAGUCCAUUCACACUGCUGCAAGGUAAAUGGCAACAGAGCAUUGCAACAGUAUCGAUUGUUUUUGUCUGUCACAGCCUAUAAGUUGUGAACAACAAGAGCCAGCAGGGAUCGUUUGUUUUUGUCCAGUUUUAACUAACAGUGGACACUGAUUUCUUGCCUUGUAGAAGAGGAUAAAAAAGAUUAAAGGUCUGCCUGUAGGAUUGUGUUCCACAGCAUCAGCAGCAGUAUUGCAAAAGGCCUCCAUGGUUGUAUUUCAUAUCUCAGAUGAAAGCACUUCUGAUGUAAAAAAUGGGAGACUGGAACUUCCUCGGAGGCAUCUUGGAGGAGGUGCAUAUCCACUCCACCAUGGUCGGCAAGAUCUGGUUGACCAUUCUGUUCAUAUUCCGGAUGUUGGUGCUGGGCGUCGCAGCCGAGGACGUGUGGAACGACGAGCAGUCAGACUUCAUCUGCAACACAGACCAGCCCGGCUGCCGCAACGUCUGCUACGACCAGGCCUUCCCCAUCUCCCUCAUCCGCUACUGGGUGCUGCAGGUGAUCUUUGUGUCCUCGCCCUCCCUGGUGUACAUGGGUCACGCUAUCUACCAGCUGCGAGCCCUGGAGAAGGAGCGCCACUGCAAGAAGGUGGCUCUCCGUCGGGAGCUAGAGGCGGUGGACACUGAGCUGGUGGAGAUGCGGAAGAGGAUUGAAAAGGAGAUGAAGCAGCUGGAGCAGGGAAAGCUCAACAAAGCACCACUGAGGGGCUCUCUGCUGUGUACUUAUCUGGUUCACAUCUUGACUCGCUCAGUGGUGGAGGUCAGCUUCAUGGUGUGUCAGUACAUCCUCUAUGGACAUCGCCUGAACCCUCUCUACAAGUGUGAGAGGGAGCCGUGCCCAAAUGUGGUCGACUGCUUUGUCUCCAGGCCCACUGAGAAAACGGUUUUCAUGGUGUUCAUGCAAGUCAUUGCCUGCAUUUCGCUCUUUCUCAGCAUUCUUGAGAUUAUGCACCUGGGAUACAAGAAGAUUAAGAAAGGCAUCCUGGACUUCUACCCCCAUCUGAAGGCCGAUCUUGAUGAUUACUAUGUCGACAAGUCACAAAAGAACUCAGUUGUGCAUCAGGUCUGCGUAGGAACGUCUGCUGGUCGCAAGACUACAAUUCCCACUGCUCCGUGUGGAUACACAUUGCUGUUGGAGAAGCAGGGCAACGGACCUACCUACCCUCUUCUUAAUGCCUCAUCUGCAUUCAUCCCAAUAAAAGGGGACCCUGGUGCAAAGCCAGACAGCCACAAGGACGGCAAGGAGCGCGUGCCGAGCCCCACGGAGCAAAACGGCAACUCCAACAACACAAGCAGCGAGACACGUUCUCCUCCUGCAGAUAAACAGGAUGAGACUGAGGAACAAUCUUCACCCCAUCAUGAGGACAUGGAGUGUCCCAGCUCUGAGUACCCCACCCUCCCCGUAGCAGACACCUCCUCCUGCACAACUCUGUCAGGCAUUGUGAGGAAGUCCCGGAGGGUCAGUCCACCGUGGAACUGCUCCACUCUGGUCGAGGGGAACGGCUCAGACAGUGGAGAUUCCUACCACAGGAACAACAGCGUGAAGCCACGCAGCAGCUGCGUCGGCCCCCGAGCAAGACUGCUCUCUAAAUCAGACAUUAAGAGACCGAUCAGGUCUCAGAGCCCCGACUCGGCAGGGGAGCUGAGCUCAGUAUCUCGACACAGCCGGGAGAGUAACAGCCCCAUCGCCUCCCCUCAAAACCGCAGAGUGUCACAGGCGAGCAGUUCAGGCAGCAGAAGAGCUCCAACUGAUCUGCAGAUAUGAACAACAGACUGAAUGC